UGUGCCACCGACGGCGGUUGGACUGAGCCGCCUUAACUGUCACAAGCUUGCCACCAUCAAUACGCGGUAGUAGAGCGCUGUUCGAUCGUCCUGAUUGCCUUUGCCGGGUCUAGUGAAAUUGAGCGAAUAGCUAGAGCUUCACGUCGCCACCUCCUUCCUUCAAUCUUCCUCUUGCCUGAGGAUACAAUGAAAUACAAUAAAAACUUCGCGGCUUUGGCUGUCGCCGCCCUGGUCCGAGGUUCGCUUGCUCAGACAUGGUGCGGAAAGAAUUAUAUGUCAAAUCAAUCUGUGGUACCCCCUGGAGGACAGUUUGUAUUGCCUGCACAGAGUGUUGAUCCACUUCUGUCGUUCCGUUGUGCCCCUGUCUUUCGCCCAUACCUCCAGGAGGAUGCAAAGAGCGCAGCAUUCAUCGUGGAUACAUCAAUCGUUUACGACUGGAUCGCCGGUGCUGAGCCCAUUUCACUUCCUUCUACCUCCGGCUCUUCUAGCAACACCACUGGCCUAGGAACUAUCAGUGUCACAAUCAACGUGGGAUCCGUUAAGACCACAGCAAACGUCCCUCUGAAUGCCACCAAAUUCCAAAUUCCCGUAGAUAUCAGCAAGCUCCAGGCUCGGAAGGCUGCAUACAAUGUCACCUGCUCUGCUACAUACACUGCCCCUUCGUCUUCAAAGUCCCAGAAAUUCAAGACUGGCGCAUCUCUUUUGUAUCUCCCUGACACAAAUGCUUCCGUCACUAAGACUGACUUGCGCACUGGCGCACUCUGGGUGAGGCCCGCAGAUGGCAAGGGUGGAGCGUUUGCACCCUUUGUCCCUCAAGGCUUCUACAUAAAUUUCGACGAGUAUCUGGCGGGAAAUUUGACUAUGAUCGAUAAACUUAAAGCCGACGGGUUCAACACUCUUCACCCGAUCCCUCCUUAUGACAACCUUACUAUUUUCGAACAAGUCAUCAACAAGACCAUCAGUGCCGGCAUGUACAUCGUUUAUGAUAUGCGAUCAAACUACCAAAACUUGACCGUUGUUGCUCAACAAGUCAAGACUUACGCCUCGGUUCCCAACCUAUUGAACUGGGAAACCGCCCACGAGCCCGAUGGCAACUCCGACCCCAUAGGUGCGGCGCAGUCGACAUAUGACUUGAUAUACAAGCUGGACGGAUACCACCCUAUCUCUAUUGUCCUGAAUUGCCAGGACUACAACUUCUCGCCUUACGUCAAUGGAGCCGAUAUCAUUCUUCACGAUGCUUAUCCUAUUGGUAUCAACGCCACAUUUUCUCCUGUGUGGCACACAGCGUGUACUCCGGACUUCGGUCACUGUGGUUGCGACAACUGCAAGGGUACCUUGUAUGAUGUUAAGGCUCGUGUCCAGACCUUCAAAGACAGGCUCAACAUUUUGGGCUUUGACCGCACCAAGUCUGUGUGGACUACGCCCCAGGCAUUCGGCAGUGGCGCAUAUUGGAAUACCACUCCCACUGGGCAGCAAUGGGCUGCUUUGGGAUUCACUUCCUUCAACCAUGGUGCUCUAGGUUCCAAGUCCUUCCAAUACCCGACCACAACCGGCAAUGUUACGACAAUCGAGGGGACAGCGACUAACCUCACCGUUAUCAUCACAGACAUCGUUCAGCCAUUCAUCGUCGACCCGAACGCCACAUUUACCACCUACGACUAUUUGGGUGUGGAUGCCGGUCUCUGGCACAAUGGCACUGCAUACUUGCUCAUCGUUGCCAACUUGGUAAAUGCGCAGGUCUACGUGCCGUGGAAGGAUGUUGGAUUGGGCUCGAUCACCAACACGACCACGCAGGUAGAACGGAUACUCUCUGUCUCGCAGAAUACCAAUGCCACUGGUCUGAACUUCCUACCUAAUGGUAUUGGUAUUUACAUUGCGACUCCCCCUUGAAGUGAUUAUAGAACGAGGAUGAAGGACACGGGUGACCGGUGCCGGUGAUCGUUAUAGCUUAUUAUUAUGAUCCUAGGAGAUUAUUAUACAUGAUAAUGUAUUCUAAUAUAU